AUGGCGCAAGAGGCCCUAACACUACUCCAGCGAGCUAGCAUAGGGCAUAUCGCAGACUCUGACCACGCCCCCAUUACAGUACAAAUCCAAUCCCCCCUACAUAAACCUGCAGAGCGGCAAUGGAAGUUGAACGAAAACUUACUACUUGACCUAGUGGACAAGGAACAAGCCAGGCAAGCACUGACACAAUACUUUGACACUAACAACACGCCAGACACCCCCCCCUAACAAUCUGGGAGGCACAUAAAUGUGUCAUUAGAGGCCACUAUAUCAAAAUAUGCUCACAGCGUAAAAAAGAACGCACACAACAAUUGUCCACCCUAAACGCACAAAUCACCACACUAGAGCAGGCACACAAACAAAAUCAGGGGGAAAACGAGUACCACCGACUGACGGAGCUUAGGAGGCAGAGACGGGACAUACUAGCCAAGGGCCUUUUGCGCACCCUUAGAAAGUCGGCUCGGCACUUCUUCGAGUACUCCAACAAGAGCGGUAGGCUUUUAGCCCGCCAGCUUCAAGACAGGAGAAGGGCGAACCACAUACACAAAAUUAACACUAGAGACAAGACUGUAACAAGUCUACCCGACGGAAUCCAACGUGCUUUUGUGGACUACUACACCGACUUAUAUAAUAUCCCCCAGCCCACGACGGUCACCACACAGGCCCAACGCCGGGGCCAAAUAACGGAGUACUUAGACCAAAAUGUAGAAAGACAAUUGACCCCAGAAAUGAUAGAGGAACUAGAACGACCCCUCACGAUAGAAGAGUUAGCCGCAGCAUUAAAAAUCUCCAAAUCCCACAGGGCGCCUGGCCCAGAUGGCCUUCCGCUGGCAUACUUGCGAACAUUCCGCGAUGUAUUAUUGCCGAACCUCCUACGAGGUCUUAGCUCACUUCAAGACGGGGAACGGUUUCCCACUGACACACUAGCGGCCAUAGUCACGGUGAUACCCAAAGAAGGUAAAGACCCAGCGAAUUGCGCUAGCUACCGCCCCAUAUCCCUGCUCAAUGCAGACCUCAAACUGUUCGCCAAGACACUAGCCCUGCGAAUCGCGAAGCACCUACCACACCUAGUGCACUCGGACCAGGUCGGGUUCAUCCCAGAGAGGGAGGGAAGAGAUAACACCAUCAAAGCCCUAAACAUACUGCAAGUAGCAAGGUCGCAACACCGGGAGCUACUCCUCCUCUCGACAGAUGCCGAGAAGGCCUUCGACCGGGUGGACUGGCUGUACUUGGAGGAAACACUCACACACAUGGGAUUCGGCCCACGCAUGCGAUCAUGGGUCCUUUCCCUGUACACGAGCCCGACGGCACGGAUUCGGGUGAAUGGUGCUCUGUCCACCCCCUUUCCCAUUCGAAAUGGAACCCGCCAGGGCUGCCCGCUGUCCCCCCUCCUGUUUGCCCUCUCCCUGGAACCCUUCCUGGGGGCGGUCCGACGAGAUGGGGGUAUCACGGGAUUCACCGUCGGCCGGCGAGAAUAUCGAGUUGCGGCAUACGCGGAUGACAUGUUGUUUUUCCUCACCCUUCCGCGGAUAUCACUUCCUAAUCUUCUGGCCGCAUUCCGAAGGUUUGGCUUGAUAUCUAACCUUAAGCUCAACACAGAUAAGUCAGAAGCCCUUCACCUUCCAAGCCCCCAGGACUCCUCAACGACGCUACACACCCAAUUCCGCUUCAAAUGGUGCCCCACUAAAUUGAAAUACCUGGGUAUAUGGCUACCAAAAGACAUGACCCAACUGUACUACCAAAACUACCACCCGCUGCUACAAAAGAUCCAGGCAGACAUGAGAAAAUGGGCCCCACAAUAUAUAUCUUGGUUUGGACGCAUUAACGCAGUCAAAAUGAACCUACUACCCAGACUGCUCUAUUUAUUCCAGACGGUGCCGAUCGCGGUCCCCAGGGCGUUCUUUAGCUCCCUGUUGACCGCCAUCCGCAGAUUCGUUUGGAAUUCGCGCCCAACACGCAUCAAGAGAACGACAUUGGAACUGCCAAAACCGUUGGGGGGUACCGGCCUGCCCUCAAUUGAGACAUACUACCGGGCCGCACAUUUACACAGGCUCACAGACUGGCACGCACAGCAUCCCACAAAACAAUGGGUCACGCUGGAAUUGGAACAGUCGGGAGGGCACAUACCCCCCACAUUAUGGCUACACACUGCUACGCAUGCAGAUCUACAAACUAAAAACCCCUUAAUAGACGCCACCCUGAGGGUCUGGAUGGCAACCCGAUACCGUCUACAACUCACCACUUCGCCCAGCCCCCUGAUCCCCCUCACACAUAACCCGGACUUGGCAGAUUCACUGACUCGAGGUGACCUAGCCGGACUCCAACCGACGGACUGGUCAUAUAUACACCAAUGGCUCAGCACCAACGGCCUAAAAACAAUCGGAGAACUAUGCCCCGACAGAACACCUACAUUCCUUGAACAGUUUAGAUACCGCCAAAUAAAAUCUUACUACUCAGCCCUGUCGGGUAAGGGGCACCUACACAGACCCUUAACUGACUUUGAAACCCUAUGUGUGCAACGCACACACAUCACCAGGGGAAUUUCAACCCUGUACACCCUACUCACGACUCAGACGAACAGGGACGUGGAGCUUAGGUUCAAAGACCACUGGGAGAGGGAUGCGGGAGAGACACUCACUGCGCACGAAUGGGACAAGAUUUAUACCCUCACGCACAAAUGCUCUAUCAGCUCAAAAUAUCAGGAAUUAAACUAUAAAGUGCUAACGCGCUGGUAUAGAACGCCCGACACACUGCACCGCAUGCACGGUACCACGUCAGGCAUGUGCUGGCGAUGUGGCACACAACCUGGCACGUAUCUCCACAUGUGGUGGUCAUGCCCAGUAAUUGCCCCUUUCUGGGAACAAAUUAGAGGAGAGAUCAACAAAAUUACAGGCACCGAUAUCCCCCUGGCACCCCUAACGAUGCUUUUGCACCACACCCAAAGCCCACUGACAGCCUACAAAAAAUCCCUGGAACUGCCGCUACUCAAUGCCGCCAAAUCCCUUAUCCCGAGGAUGUGGAAACAGCCAAGAGCGCCCACCUUGAGGCAAUGGAUGUCAGUGGUAGAGGACAUAUACUCAAUGGAGACCCUGACGGCCGACCUCCACGGGAAAUCGGAGCGGUGUGCAUUGACCUGGUACCCAUGGACCACAUACGUGGCAGAUGGAACUGUAACCCCCGAGCCAAUAUAGCUGAAACUCACAGAACACCACGUUAACUGCCUUACCCCCUCAUAAGCACAGACACGCCCUACCCAUUAACCACACACAGACUACGGACAGUUUUCACCCCCCCCAGACCACAACAGACAUCAGGAAGACAUAACACCCGCUAGAACAAACUACACAAACCACCGAUACCUGGAGUACUCCAGGACGGACACCUUAAAUACCCCCUACAGCUACUAGACCAGAUACCGGUUCUCACCCUAAACGUAGAGUGCACAUCAUAAGUGCAACAAACUGCGCACUGAAUGCAAGAGGAGCUAGGAGCCUUGAAACCUGAUCAUAUGUUACACUACCUAAUGCAUGUGAAGGAAACUAUUGAAAUAUUUAUGAUUUGAGAAUGUUAGUAUAAAGGCUACGAAUGUUGUUAUGCUAUUCAGAAAUAUGAUGUUACAACGGAUGUUUCACCGUAUCUACACAUUUUUGUGACAAAAUGAUAAAAAGGAAAAUAAAGAUUGUCAAAAAAAAAAAAAAAAAACACACACAUUCUACAUAUCCCCAGAUAGCUUAGAUCUGAGCGCACAUUCCUACCGAAUGGCGCUCAGAUCACAUACAUACAGGUCAAUCGCCGUGGAGCCAAAGUUUUUCCCAUAGUCUUUCGUUAUACGAAUGAACAGUGAUUCGGUUCCACUACCGAAUGCAGAGGUAAGGAGGCUGGCGGCUCAGCGGUGUUUGCGCAAAUAAGUGUCCGUUUUCUGUUCCAUAGUUUGGGCGCUGAACACCGCUGGCCGUUCGGGAGUAAAAAUGGCCGCUGCCACGUGUUCGGCAGACGAACAAAGGCACAUUCCAGUUCCCAGGUGUUUGAUUGUUCGGUACUUUGUUCGGUAGAUUGAAUCUACCGAACACCCCGGCAGAAAGGCACGAAUACGCUUUUCUGCAGGGAAAAUAAAAGGUUUUAAAUGCCGGGCCAUAGUCUAAAGGGAGCAGGCGAGCAAACAGGCUCCUCCAGUGGACAGUGGCGAGGCUGGUUUCGUCACAUCUAUCUAUUCCAUGUUAUCUCUCCCUCUAUCUCUAUCUAUUCCAUUUGUUAUCUCUCCCGCUAUCUCUAUCUAUUCCAUAUGUUAUCUCUCCCGCUAUCUCUAGCUAUUCCAUGUGUUAUCUAUCCCGCUAUCUCCAUAUAUUCCAUCUGUUAUCUCUCCUGCUAUCUAUCUAUUCCAUGUGUUAUCUCUCCCUCUAUGUCUAUCUAAUCCAUGUGUUAUCUCUCCCGCUAUCUCUAUCUAUUCCAUGUGUUAUCUCUCCCUCUAUCUCCAUAUAUUGCAUGCGUUAUCUCUCCCACUAUCUCGAUCUAUCCCAUUUGAUCUCUCCCGCUAUUCCAUGUUAUCUCUCCCACUAUCUCUAUCUAUUCCAUGUGUUAUCUCUCUUGCUAGCUCUAUCUAUUCCAUGUGUUAUCUGUCUUGCUAUCUAUUCCAUGUGUUAUCUCUCCCGCUAUCUCUAUCUAUUCCAUGUGUUAUCUCUCCCGCUAUAUCUAUCUAUUCCAUGUGAUCUCUCCUGCUAUCUCUAUCUAUUUCAUAUGUUAUCUCUCCGCUAUCUCUAUCUAUGUCAUGUGUUAUCUCUCUUGCUAUCUCUAUCUAUUCCAUGUGUUAUCUCUCCCGCUAUCUCCAUCUAUUCCAUGUGUUAUCUCUCCCGCUAUCUCUGUCUAUGUCAUGUGUUAUCUCUCUUGCUAUCUCUAUCUAUUCCAUGUUUUAUCUCUGCCGCUAUCUUAUCUAUCACAUGUGUUAUCUCUCCCGCUAUCUCUAUCUAUUCCAUGUGUCAUCUCUCCCUCUAUCUCCAUAUAUUGCAUGCGUUAUCUCUCCCGCUAUCUCUAUCUAGUCCAUGUGUUAUCUCUUCCACUAUCUCUAGCUAUUCCACGUGUUAUCUCAAUAUAUUUCACGCAUUCUCUUUCCUGCUAUUAAUUCCAUGCUUUAUCUCUUGCACUCUCUGUGCCCAUUCCAUGUACUAUCUUUUGCGUUAUUUCUCUGCUUUUUACAAGACUCUUGUUUUGUUAACAGGCUCGAACAGGAAGCCACAAGAAAGAUUCAGGAAUCACCAAGUUUCAAUAAGAAGAGGAAAGUUUCACUGCUGUUUGAUCACCUUGAACCAUCAGAACUCGCUGAUCAUCUCAGCUACUUGGAUUUCAAAUGUUUCUGCAGAAUUUCGGUAACAUUUAAUCUGAUGGAGGAAUGGGCGGGCAAGGAUUGUGGAUUUCUGGGUAGAUUCAUGAGUGGAGGGCAGAUAAAAUCACUUGACCGACUAAUUUCUCUGUUAUCAUGAUUUUUAGAGCCUUAGUCAGGUGACAUUGUCUUCAAAAUGCAUUGCCUGAAAAAUACCUAAAUCACUGGCAGUCGUGAGCUCCAGUUUAUUUUGCAAAGGUAUAACGUAGGUUAAAGGGACACUACAGACCCCUGAAGCCCUUUGCUGAAAUGUUUUAUGUGUGAAGAGUGUGUCCUCUUUUUUCAUUUUACAAAAAGUGCAGAUUUCAAUAGAAAUUGACACUUUUAUAAAUUAACCUUGUUACACCCCUCAUGCUGUCAAUCAUACAACGGGUCCUGUUACUUCCUGGUUUGGUUAGCUCAGUGGAGAUAAACUCGAGGCAGCAAUUGCCCAGAGCACCUGCCUUGCAAAGACUUCUCAUUGAGCUGCAUUGGGAAGUCUGUGAUUGGACAGACACGGAAAGUCUGGGCGGGGUUAGAAUGGGAAGGCUUGCAAAGGCUGCAGACAAGAGAUCUGCAGCUUUUACAAGCUGUUCUAGAUAUAAACCUAAUGAAUAAAUACAAAAGUGAAUGCAUGCAUGUUUUCAUUACCAGCAUGACUACUAAAUAGUGAUUUAUGUAUUUGGGCUGUGGAGUGUCCUUUUAAUCAGCAGGAAAUUCUGUGUUUGUACCUUAACAAGACAGAAGUCACGGGCUGCCUGAGUUUGACGGGAGUCAUUGUGUACCCAUACAUUAGUGUUUGUAUCUACAUGUGCACCCUGUAUUUCACAGCAGCUGGAACAACGGGGAAUAGACAAUCUUCCCUGUCAAUUUUAGUCAUUUUAAAUAAAUUUUAUAGUCAUUUCACCCCAGCUGAUCAGGAACAAAACUACAAUAAUUUUAAAUAUUACACUUACAUUCAAGUCACUCCAGGAUCCGCUGCUUCCACUGACAUGACGUCCUCUUUCUGAGGAAGAGUUUUGGGAGCCACAUAACACGCGUGGCUUCUAAUAUUCUGCCUUGUCCACUAAAUGGCCUAAAAGUGACAGAAAUGUUGUGUUCACUAGUUGCUGUGAAAAAAAUGUCUACACAAAGUAUCUGUGGUAAAAUGUUUUAUAAAUAAAUAAAGAUCUGUCAGAAAAAUUGUCUCUGAUUAUUCUGUCUCUGUGGCAGCAUUUAGACUAUCGUAGCUACACGCUACAGAACUCGCUGCGAGAUAUCCCACAUCUAGAGCGAUCAGUCAACUUGUGCAAUAGUAUUUCCCAGUGGGUCCAGAUCAUGAUCCUGAACCGACCCACUCCACAGCAGCGAGCUGAGGUGUUCCACAAAUUCAUCCAGGUGACUCAGGUAUGAUCAAUGAGCAAUAACAGGAGGUAUAUCCCACAAAUGCACAAAGAGGCUCUUAAAGGAGAACUGUUACCUUCCAGGAAUAUUUUUCAACAUUUCAUUCAGUGCAUUAUUUCCCAGAUACGUCACAGUCCACCUUUAACAAUAAUUGUUUGUAGCAUUCGGAGAUAUAUGUUAAUAUUGUAAAAUGCUAUGGAAUAUGUUGGUGCUAUAUGAAUACCAAUAAUAAUUCAUUUAAUGGCAGGUUUUCAUUACAUUUCAUAAUGGUACAAUUUUUACUCAAAAUUUAUUUCGAGUUUUAACUAUUUUAGUCAUUUGGCUAAAUUUAACAUUAAAAAUACAUGGUAAUAUAUAAUUUUUAAAUCCACUAUUUGUAGGGAGCGAUAUUUUCUCUGCACAUUAGAAUUUUUCUUUUCACAUUUUCAAUUUGUGUCGCCUUUCAUAACAUUUACCAUUGGUGGAUAAUCUUGUCCAUAUUUUUGUAGAAAUUUGUAUUAUCUGUAGAAUGUUAGUGAUUUUUGGAAUGUGUUAUCGCCAGUUCAGAACGAUCAGGUAGAUUUAUAUUUCUUGCAGAAACUGCGCAAGCUUCAGAAUUUUAACACUCUAAUGGCUGUGAUUGGAGGACUGUGUCAUAGCGCCAUCUCACGAAUGAAGGAGACUCACAGCCACCUGUCCCAAGAUGUCCUAAAGGUGAGAGGCCCCAAUGGGACAUGUUUACCGAGUUUAAACUGUAAAGCCACCAGGAGCUGGAGUUGUCCUGGCAUUAGUUACAUAGUUACAUAGGCUGAAAAAAUACUUCCAUCUAUGAAGCUCAGCCUUUCUCACAUCUGUUCCUGCUCCAAUAAAGAGCAAAAAAACGUUUGAAGGUAGACAGUUUCAUAAUGAUGGAAAUAAGUAAUAAAAAAGGGAUAGUUGAAAAAAAUUCAGACCACACAACUGACUCCGAGCCCUUAUAAAGCAGGUUUCCAAUAUAACUCAUAACAUACAGAGCUCAUAUUCUACUGCUAUCAAGGCAGUUAAGCCACUCCAUUUGUACAAUAGAUUGAGAGAAAUACCGGAUUAGUUAAUGAAUUGCACUGUCAUAAUGCAGUGCUGUGAAUUUAAUUGUAUGAUAACCAUUAGUGUUUGUUACAGGUUUGGUUUGAUUGGAUGAUAACCAUUAGCGGUUGUUACAGGUUUAGUUUGCUUGGAUGAUAACCAUUAGCAGUUGUUACAGGUUUGGUUUGAUUGGAUGAUAACCAUUAGCAGUUGUUACAGGUUUUGGUUUGAUUGGAUGAUAACCAUUAGCAGUUGUUGCAGGUUUGGUUUGAUUGGAUGAUAACCAUUAGCGGUUGUUACAGGUUUAGUUUGCUUGGAUGAUUACCAUUAGCAGAUGUUACAGGUUUGGUUUGAUUGGAUGAUAACCAUUAGCAGUUGUUACAGGUUUGGUUUGAUUGGAUGAUAACCAUUAGCAGUUGUUACAGGUUUGGUUUGAUUGGAUGAUUACCAUUAGCGGUUGUUGCAGGUUUGGUUUGAUUGGAUGAUAACCAUUAGCGGUUGUUACAGGUUUAGUUUGCUUGGAUGAUAACCAUUAGCAGUUGUUUCAGGUUUGGUUUGAUUGGAUGAUAACCAUUAGCAGUUGUUACAGGUUUGGUUUGAUUGGAUGAUAACCAUUAGCAGUUGUUGCAGGUUUGGUUUGAUUGGAUGAUAACCAUUAGCAGUUGUUACAGGUUUAGUUUGCUUGGAUGAUUACCAUUAGCAGAUGUUACAGGUUUGGUGUGAUUGGAUGAUAACCAUUAGCAGAUGUUACAGGUUUGGUUUGAUUGGAUGAUAACCAUUAGCGGUUGUUACAGGUUUAGUUUGCUUGGAUGAUUACCAUUAGCAGAUGUUACAGGUUUGGUUUGAUUGGAUGAUAACCAUUAGCAGAUGUUACAGGUUUGGUUUGAUUGGAUGAUAACCAUUAGCGGUUGUUGCAGGUUUGGUUUGAUUGGAUGAUAACCAUUAGUGGUUGUUGCAGGUUUGGUUUGAUUGGAUGAUUAUCAUUAGCAGAUGUUACAGGUUUGGUUUGACUGGAUGGAUGACCAUUAGCAGUUGUUACAGAUUUGGUUUGAUUGGAUGAUUACCAUUAGCGGUUGUUGCAGGUUUGGUUUGAUUGGAUGAUAACCAUUAGCGGUUGUUACAGGUUUAGUUUGCUUGGAUGAUAACCAUUAGCAGUUGUUUCAGGUUUGGUUUGAUUGGAUGAUAAACAUUAGCAGUUGUUACAGGUUUGGUUUGAUUGGAUGAUAACCAUUAGCGGUUGUUACAGGUUUGGUUUGAUUGGAUGAUAACCAUUAGCAGUUGUUACAGGUUUGGUUUGAUUGGAUGAUAACCAUUAGCAGUUGUUGCAGGUUUGGUUUGAUUGGAUGAUAACCAUUAGCAGUUGUUACAGGUUUAGUUUGCUUGGAUGAUUACCAUUAGCAGAUGUUACAGGUUUGGUGUGAUUGGAUGAUAACCAUUAGCAGAUGUUACAGGUUUGGUUUGAUUGGAUGAUAACCAUUAGCGGUUGUUGCAGGUUUGGUUUGAUUGGAUGAUAACCAUUAGUGGUUGUUGCAGGUUUGGUUUGAUUGGAUGAUAACCAUUAGCAGAUGUUACAGGUUUGGUUUGACUGGAUGGAUGACCAUUGGUCAGACACUGUAUUCUACCACACAUACAUUACAUGUUGCCACACAUACAUUACAUGUUGCCACACAUACAUUACAUUUCCCUACACAUGCAGUGCGUUCCGCACAUACAAUGUGUUACAUGACAACUGAAAUAAUUUCAUGGCUUUGAGAAAUAUUUGUUUAUUUUGUGUAAUGAGUUUAGAAGGCAGACUCAUCUUUCGUACUUUGUUAUAGAUUCAACUGGACUAUGACCUGCUCUUAUAUAUUUAAUACCAACUCUGCUAGAAAGCUAAUCCAUGCAUCCACCAUACUAGGUUAUAUAAUAUGGGGAAUUAUUUUUCUUUUUCUUUCACACCCUGCUCGUUGUGUGACAGACACUGAGCGAGAUGACAGAACUCCUAUCCUCCAGCAGUAAUUACAGUACAUACAGGCGUGUGUACAAUGAAUGUGCAGGAUUCAAGAUUCCUAUCCUUGGUGUGCAGCUCAAGGAUCUGGUAUCUCUCAAUGAGGCUCUGCCCGAUUACCUGGACAACGGCAAGAUUAAUGUCAGCAAACUGCACAGUUUGUACCAGCACAUCCUGGAGCUCAGGCAGUUACAGAAAGGCAGUCCUCCAUUCAAAACCAACAAGGAUGUUAUACUCCUGCUCACUGUGAGUCCAAACUGUCUGUCUGGCGCUGCUUCAUGUAUUACACAAACACAGAAUGGUGUAGUAGUAUGUGAGUGGGAGGCUAGCGCUGCUGCUGUCUGUGUUGUACCUGUGCUGUGAAUGCAUGGCAUGGUGUAGUAGUGUAUACAUGGCAUGGUGUAAAAGUAUAAUAUGGUACAUAUGGAAUAGGGAUCCAGCUUGUAUCACUAAAACAUAAAUAAAAAAUACAACAUAGCGUAAUACUGUUGUGGUCUUAUUAAUUGCCCAAUGGUUCAAGGUUACACUCACAGAUUUGUUGUAUAUAGUAAGCCUUCAGGUUACCACCCCUAUAGGUAGGGGGGUAGAUCCUGUUCGUUUGUAAUAACGCCAAUCUGGAGACCAAGAAGUUCACACUCUCCCAAUGGUUGAAAGUAGAAAACAAUGGAUUUAUUGGCAUGUAGUAAAAUUAAAUUAAAAUGGUGUAAUAGUGUAUACAUGGCAGGGUGUAGUAGUGUAUACAUGGCAUGGUGUAGUAGUGUAUACAUGGCGUGGUGUAGUAGUGUAUACAUGGCAUGGUGUAGUAGUGUAUACAUGGCAGGGUGUAGUAGUGUAUACAUGGCAUGGUGUAGUAAUGUAUACAUGGCGUGGUGUAGUAGUGUAUACAUGGCGUGGUGUAGUAGUGUAUACAUGGCGUGGUGUAGUAGUGUACACAUGGCAUGGUGUAGUAAUGUAUACAUGGCAUGGUGUAGUAGUGUAUACAUGGCGUGGUGUAGUAGUGUAUACAUGGUGUGGUGUAGUAGUGUGAUGGUGAGACUGUCACAGUCACUAACUGUUCUGUUCCUGCACUGUGUACAUGUUGUCUCAUAUGAUGUUUUGGUUCUUUUUAUAGUCCUCUCUAGAUCUGUUUCACACAGAAGACGAGAUAUAUUCCUUAUCCUAUACAAGGGAGCCACGGAGUCCCAAGGUUAUGGUAAGAACAUGCGCAGAAUCUGCAAUGACAAGCUGUAUAGUGAAUAGAUGGCUUGUGACUGUCCGCACUUUGUGAAAUGCAUAGAAAACACGUCACCAAACGCAGCCAAAAAACCUGCGGCAAAUUACGCACUUAGGAUUAAUCCCAAUCAAAUAUCUCAGGCUCUAAUCCAGAGAGCCUUCAGACUUUUUAAAGGGACACUAUAAGUACCGUCUUAAUGUAGUAAUUACAGUUAGUUAGACCGGGUGGGUUUAUAUUAUUAAAGGGACACUCCAAGCUCCUACACACGUUAGAUGCACUGUGUAGGUUAGGUUACAGUUAGUUAUACUGGAUGGGUUUAUAUUCUUAAAGGGACAUUCCAGGCUCUCACACACGUUAGGUGCACUGUGUAGGUUAGGUUACAGUUAGUUGUACUGGAUGGGUUUAUAUUAUUAAAGGGACACUCCAGGCUCCCACACACAUUAGAUGCACUGUGUAGGUUAGGUUACAGUUAGUCAUACUGGGUGGGUUUAUAUUAUUAAAGGGACACUCCAGGCUCCCACACACGUUAGAUGCACUGUGUAGGUUAGGUUACAGUUAGUUAUACUGGAUGGGUUUAUAUUUUUAAAAGGACACUCCAGGCUCUCACACACGUUAGGUGCACUGUGUAGGUUAGGUUACAGUUAGUUAUACUGGAUGAGUUUAUAUUAUUAAAGGGACACUCCAGGCUCCCACACACGUUAGAUGCACUGUGUAGGUUAGGUUACAGUUAGUCAUACUGGGUGGGUUUCUAUUAUUAAAGGGACACUCCAGGCUCCUGCACACGUUAGGUGCAAUGUGUAGGUUAGGUUACAAUGGGUGUUUGCACUGUGUUGUCUUUUUUAAUAAAUUUUUUAGUUUUUCUUAUUACUCCAAACAUAAUCUUUGCUGUGCCGAUGAAACACUAUUUAUGGCAAGUGGUCUGAUGUACAAUAGAAAAUGAUAGGGUUACUUCAACUGAAGUUCCUUAUCAGAUGUCCCAGUGGAAAAGAUGGUGAGGGAGAAUCCUCAAUGUAUGCAUGGCAGCACUUAGAGGAAGUGAUCUUAGAUCCCUUCUUCCCAGCAUGUGUGAAUGGGAAUCUGCACUGGAGUAAAGCAGCCAACAGCAGCUCCUGUCCUUGACCUGUACGUGGCCAGCCCGGUCCCCACUGGACCCCACCCAGACUUAUAGAUAUAUGUAGACCUGCAAAAUAAGCCUCCCCUCAUACAAAUAUUACAAACAGUCUCCACAAACACAACAGCACUGACAAUCCGCAUACAUGCAUGCAAUACUACAAGCAGCCCCACACAUACACACAAUGCAACAUAUCAUACUACAAGCAGCCCCACACAUACACACAAUGCAACAAUCCACAUACACAAUUCCACAAGCAGCCAACAUAUACAACCCCCAUGAUAUAACACAUAUCAUACACAUAGAAUGAAAGGAGAUGGAGUGGGUAACCUAAACUAAUUUAUGAUCUGAAAUGUCAGCGACUAACGACUAACAGAAGUCUAGUACAGCAUCUUAGAAGUUAAUACUCGCCGUCUAGAUUUUAAAUUCACUGGCUACUUAGCUACUUGAAUAUACUGAGUGGAUGUCUUGAAGCUGUACUUAUAACUUUCUAUUAUUCUGGGAUGGGGUUGUCUGCUUUUCACUAAGACAGGGUGAGUUUUCUGUUGGCGGGGUAAGGGGUGCCCUCGAAGGCACAGUAGGGCGAGAGAGUGUAUCUCCAACAUGUACCUUGUUUGAUUUAAUACCCUGCGUAUCCCACUUGGGCACUUACCCCCAUUAGAGUAAAGGGACACUAUAGUCACCAGAACAACUACAGCUUAUCGAAUUUGUUCUGGUGAGUAGAAUCAUUACCUUCAGGCUUUUUGCUGUAAACACUGUCUUUUCAGAGAAAAUGCAGUGUUUACAUUACAGCCUAGUGAUAACUUCACUGGCCACUCCUCAGAUGGCUGUUAGAGAUCCUUCUUGGGUCAUGGCUGCCUAAAUUGCACCCAAAUAUUCAGUAUCUCCUCCCUCUGCAUGCAGACACUGAACUUUCCUCAUGGAGAUUAAUUGAUUCAAUUUAUCUCUAUGAGGAGAUGCUGAUUGUCCAGGGCUGUGUUUGAAUCGUGCUGGCUCUGCCCUUGAUCUGCCUCCUUCUCAGUCUCAGCCAAUCCUAUGGGGAAGCACUGUGAUUGGAUCAAGCUACCACUUCUCCUGAUGUCAGCAGGCAGUGGGCAGGUCUAAAGGAAACCGUGACAAAGCCAGCAGCUUCAGGCUUGAAUACAAGUAAGAUUUUACUAUUUUUAGGAAGGUAUGAGGGGCUCAGGGUGGCUAGAUGGUGGUUUUAACCCUAUAGGGUCAGGCAUACAUGUUUGUGUUCCUGACCCUAUAGUGCUCCUUUAACUUAUUAUUGUUGAACACUACAUCUAUUAUAUGCAGUCCUUGUCUAGCACCGACUUUGGUACGCAUUCCCCUUAGACCAACAGACUACCUUAAAAAACUGUAUUUAUGACAUGGAGCUAUUAGACUCACUACUGUCCAAUUUAUAAGAAUCUGGGCUCCAAAAUGGCUAUUAGCAACAUUGUAUAUAUUGCAUAAACAUUACCUUGUCAGUAAAUACAGUUAUAUGGUUACUAAUGAUAAUCCUGCUGCAACAGUUAACAUUCCACAGUCAUUUGCAACAAUUAGCCUUUCUUCACGCCCUUCCGCUUUCUCACUAGUACCAACUAGGACAGGGGUAGGCAACCUUUUAGAAGCACUGUGCCGAUAUAGGAUUGUGAUGUCCUAUAGCGUGCCCGUCCUAUUUUCUUUUUAAAUUGAGGUCUGUAUGCUGCCGUUUUCUGCUUGUGUUAUUUAUACUGUAAUUGCUUUGUAUCUUUAUAUUUGUGCGUAUAUGAGCUAUUAUAUUGUAUAUGUUCAUUAGUAGUUUAUGGUAUCGUGUAUGAUACCUAUGAAUGUGGGCUGUGUAUGGGGGCUGCUUGUGGAAUUGUGUGUGGAUGGAUAUGUCACAUUGUGUGUUUGGUAGUGUGUGUAUGUGUGGGGGCUGUUUGCGGUAUUGCAUGUGGGGUUGUGUGCAUGUAUGUGGAUUGUUAGCGGGUUAUGUUUGUGCGGAUUGUGUGUAUGUUUGUUUGUGGGCUGUUCGUAUUAUUUGUAUGAGGGGAGGGUUAGUUUGCAUUUCUGUGUAAAUCUAGCAGUGUGGGUGGCUUCCCUGGGUUCCAGUGGGGGCCAGGCUGGCCAGGAGUCCCAAGGUUAUGGUAAGAACAUGCGCAGAAUCUGCAAUGACAGGAGCUGCACCUUAUUUACAGGUGCUGGGAGUAAGUGAUACGAGAUAGUUAUCUGAGAUCACUUCCUCUAUGUGCUGCAAUGCAUUAAUUGAGAAUUGUCCUUCACCACCUUUUCGUAUUAGCAGAUAUCUGAAGUUUUACUGGGACUCCUGAUAGGCCAGAGCCUGUUUGGCUCUAGCAGCCUUGAGUGCCGUGCAUGGCACUAGUGCCGUAGGUUGCCUACCCCUGAACUAGGAUAAUAUCCUUAGCAUUACAUCUGCCACUGCCUUAUCAGAUAAAUACACGACUGAGUCAUUCAGCAGAAUAAUUUUUAUAGCAAUUAUCCUCUGCCCCUAUCUGUCGGUUUAUUCGCAAGCAUAAAGUACCACUAGCAUAAUAUCAAUAUUGACACGGAACAACCUAGAGGGGGACAUCUUCCCCCUGGUCAUUAACAGGUUCAUAUUACCACGUUAGCAUGUCUAAGCGAUAGUCUGUAUAUUCUAACAGAUAUCAAUACUAUAUUUUGGAUAUAGACAUUAUUGGGCUAAUAGCAGCCGUGUAUCUAUAUACAUUUUUUCAUUUAUUUGUAUGUUGUCUUUUUUAUGUUUUACAUACAGUUUAUCUAAAGUGUGUUGUCUCUUGUUCUUUUUGUCCCAUUUGGACUUUUAAAUGAUCUAUUAAGCAUUUAGUUUUAACAUUUGAGAUCAUAAAUUAGUUUAGGUUACCCUUUCCAUCUCCUUUCAUUCUUUGCUUAUUCUCACUGGGGUUAUCCCCCAUUAGGAGAGGCUAUAAUGCCCUGGCUCCAUCCCCCUUUACAUGUUCUUUCUUUAGUCUGUCAUACUCAGUGUCACAAUACCACAAACUACUCGUGAACAUAUACAAUAAAACAGACCACAGAUUCACCAAUACAACACUACAAAGCUACUGACUAAUUCUUCUUGACCUCUCUGCCGCCUUUGACACUGUUCUCCUAACGCUUCAAUCUCUUGGUUUCUGUGACACAGCCCUCUCGUGGUUCUCCUCCUAUCUCUCCCAACGCUCCUUAAAGGACCACUAUAGUGCCAUGAAAACAUACUUGUUUUCCUGGCACUAUAGUGCCCUGAGGGUGCCCCCACCCUCAGGGUCCCCCUCCCGCCCGGCUCUGGAAGGGGGAAAGGGGUAAAACUUACCUUUUUCCAGCGCUGGGCGGAGAGCUCUCCUCCUCCGAUCCUCCUUUUCUCCUCCCCGUCGGCUGAAUGCGCAGGUACUUGCCUCACCCCGUCUUUUCAAGCUCACAGUCGUGGUGUCAUUUUUUAUCCUGGCCUCACCUUUGCGCCUCAUGUCCAGUCUGUUGCUAAAAUGUCGAUUCCAACUUAAAAACAUUGCCCGCAUUUGCCCCUUUCUUAUACAAGAUGCUGCCAAGGAGCUUGUUCAUGCUCUAGUAAUCUCUCCUAUGAAUUACUGUAAAUCUCUCCUAAUUGGUCUCCCCAGAAGCCGUACUGCCCCCCUACAAUCUGUGCCAGGCUGAUCUUUCUCUCCUGUCGCUCCUCUCACACCUCACCCCUCUGUCAGUCCUUACACUGGCUUCCUGUCCCCUACAGGUGUCAAUUUAAAAUACUAACCCAUACCUAUAAAGCUCUUACCAGCUGUAGCCCCUCUUACAUUUCUUCACUGAUUCAUAGGUAUGCCCCUUGGUCUCUCCGCUCUGCUGGUGACCUCCUUUCUGCUGCUCGCACCCUUACUGUAAAUUCACGCCUGCAAUACUUCUCACGGGCUGCUCCUUUCCUUUGGGACAACCUGCCUGCCCCUGUCAGACUCUCCCCUAGUCCUCAAUCCUUUAAGAAGUCCCUCAAAACCCAUCUUUUCAGGAUUGCUGAUGGCCUCCAAGAGUAACUUCUAUCUCUCAAACCUUCCUCUUGCUCUCUCCUAGAGGGCCACACUCCACUCUCACCUCCAGCUCUGCUACUUUCCCACCAUGUCUAUUUGCUGUCUUUCUCAAUAUCCAUGCUAUUGUAUUUUUAUACCCCACCUCCUCUAGACUGUAGGCUCGUUUGAGCAGAGUCCUCAACUACCUAUUGUUCCUAUAAAAUGUUAUUGUCUCAUUUGAUUAAUUCCCCUUUUUUUGUAAAGCGCUGCUGAAUAAGCUGGCGCUAUAUAAAUACAAAUAAUAAUAAUAAUAACUGCAGCAGCCAUAAAUAAGACAAGCAGAAUACGGCAACAUGUACACCUCAAUUUUAAAAAAAAGCAGGACCAGCAGGCCAAGGGACUUCAAAAUCUUGUUUUGGCACAGUACUACUAAAAGAUUGUCUACCCCUGUACUAGACGCUGGUUGGUGCUAGUUACACUUCCGGCCACACUAGGCUUUAUCUCUGCAAACACUACACAUACAGUCCAUAGGCGUGCGCAGCCUAUUGCAUUAGGGUGUGCACCCUAAAUCACAAACACACGCCGCAUGUGUAUGUGUAUAUCUAUAUAUAUACACACACACACAUAUAUAUACACACACAUAUAUACACUGCUGUGUGUGUGUGUGUUGUUAGUGUGCUGUUAGUGUGUUGUGUGAGGGUGCUGUGUGUAUGUGUGUGAGGUGCUGUUAGUGUGAUGUGUGUGUGUGAGGGUGCUGGUAGUGUGCUAUGUGGGUGAGGGUGUUUGUGUGUGUGUGUUAGGGUGCUGUUUGUGUGCUGUGUGUGAGGGUGCUGGUAGUGUGCUUUGUGUGAGGGUGUUUGUUUGUGUGUGUUUGUUAGGGUCCUGUUAGUGUGCUGUGUGAGGGUGCUGUUUGUGCGGUGUGUGUGAGGGUGCUGUGUGUGGGUGUUGUGUAUUUGUAAGGGUGCUGUUUUUGUGUGAGGUGCUGUUUGUGUGAGGGUGCUGUGUGUGUGUUUGUAAGGGUGCUGUGUGUGUUUGUGAGGGUGCUGUUAGUGUACUGUGUGUGUGAGGGUGCUGUAUGUGUGCUGUGUGUGGGUGCUGUUUGUGUGUGGGUGCUGUUUGUGAGGGUGCCGUAUGUGUGUAGGUGCUGUGUGUGUGUGGGUGCUGUGUGUGUGUGUGUGUUGUGUGUUUGGAGGGAUUGUGGAGGUGGGGGCAGAUUAGUAAAUAUCCCCCUCCCUUCUUACCUUAUGGGAUCCUUGCUGCCAUGUGCCAUCCCUGGUGGUCCAGUGGAAAGUGAACUCUAGCUCAGAUCUCGCGAGAGGAACCUGGCGGAGCUGCUGUCUAGAGCUCCCCGGGUCCUCUCCUGCCUACCUCCAUGCUGCUGCGGGCCGGUGAGGUAGAUCUUUGAUCUCCCCGCCGACCCAUGGAGGCUUAGAGCAGAGCCGGCACUAUCCGGAGAUCUCCCCUGCCGGCAGGGGUCAAGUCCUGGGGAAUAAAGUGUGGGAAUUCUCCCAAGAUUCCCACCCAAAAAAUAAUAUACACUUGUGUGUAUAUAUAUAUUGUGACCUUUAUGGGCAAAGCAACACAGUCUCUAGGGUAACAGGUAUAGAACAACAGUGUCUUAUGCAAAAAAAGGCGUGGUUUAUUUAUAUUGUGCAGAAAAAGCCAUGCAGCAAUCAGUUUGUUCAAAACGGCAGCAAAACAAAAAGGAAAGUCUACAAACAAAAUCCUAGCUCAAAUUCGGGCACUUACUAAACAUAAAGUAAUGUCCCUUACUAAACCAGGGUAAUAAUCUAAACAAAUCAACAAAAUAAACAUUGGUUUCACCAACCUUUAGCACUUUUUUCUGGUGCUGCUAUGCGCAGACCUGCUCUCUCCGCAGGUCAGAUUAUAUCUCCUCCCUUUCUGCUCUGAGACCUGCUAAUUAAAGCCUCAGAAGUUGCUAAUUGGGCAGGUGAAUGAGUACAGGCUAAAUACCUUCCUUCUCUUACCCUCCCAUAGACUCUGUCACAAUAUACAUACGUACACACACACAGACACACACAUUCACAGACACACACACAUUCACAAAGUCACAGACACACACACAUUCACAGACGCACACACUUACAGACACACACAUACACACACACACACAUCCACUGACACACUCAGACACACACACUUACAGACACACACACAUACAUACACACAUACACUCAGAGACACACACACUCUCACAAAUAGUUUUUUUUAACCCCUUAAGGACCAAACUUCUGGAAUAAAAGGGAAUCAUCACAUGUCACACAUCAUGUGUCCUUAAGGGGUUAAAUUAAAAAAUGUCCACCCAGUCUCCCUACCUGGAGAGCUGGCGUGGACCUGUCCCUGGGGUCCAGUUGGUCGGGCGCCUGUCUCUAUAUCAGACGCGGCGAAGGAACUGUGUCCUCUCUGCUCCCUCUCGCCGCGCUGGCUGUCUGCUGUAGCUGGGACCCGGAAUAUGGCUCCCUUACCGCGUCUGAAAUGGAGACAGGCGUCCGACGGGGGGGGAGGGGGUGGAUCCAUCACCUCUUUGCCCCCCCCCCAUGACAAGGGGAACACUUGGGGGCGGCAUUUUUUUGCCGCCCCUUGAGUGCCUGCAGGAACAGCGGGAACGGCGUUCCUGCUCAAAAAAAAGUGCACGCGUUCCUGCAGGACUUAAUCCAUAGUGCGUGCCGCGGGAAUUAGGGUGUGCCCAAGCACAUGCCUAUGAUACAGACUCAAAACACCACAGCCAAUUCAAAUCACCAACCUUGUUAAUGGUGCUUGGACUAAUCCUUUAAGCAAGUCACCGUCUGGUUUGGGGCAUUGAAGCAAACGGAAGAAAUUCAAAUACGCAUCUUUCUCUUAUGAUUUUGAAUGCAUUGCUUUUGCAGAAAAUUACACAACAUAUGUAUAAUAAUCACGGUGUUAGAGUGUCCCUUUAAUGCCCUUUUUGGCCUCCUCAAAGUCCAAUAAACAACGCAUCUCACGUGUGGCUUUGCUUUUAUUUGUAAAUAUGUGAUUUGUUUGGCCCUUUAUUACUGAAUAUUGAUGUCUCUUUUCCAGUCCAGUGUUCCUUAUAAGCCCUCCAGUGAGACAACGCAGUGGACCUCCGAAGUGCCUCUUCAUCAAGAUCCCGAGACUCUCAGUCACAAUGUGACACAGAUGGUAGAGGUGAGUGGACAUUGGGGGUAGGUGACAUCUUGAGGGAUCUCAUGAUAUGGAAGCUAGGCAAACACUGAUUAAUUGCAAGAAUAGGAAGUAAAAUGUGCCUGCUUCAGGUUAUAACCCCCAAAUAGUAUGGCUACAGAUUGUUUCUUAGAAACAGUAGCUAUUAUCUAGAUAGUUGAGUAGAAAUUUACUAAAAUUCUCUAAAAAUGCCUAUGUUAUCUCUGGCAAAUAAUUGACUGGAUCCAUCCAUUAAAAAAGUAACUCUUUUUAUUCCUCCCUUAGGGGUAAAUUUAAACCCAAAAUUUAAACCAAAAAAUGUAGUACAAAAAGUGCCGCUGUGCGCAAAUACACAAUCCAAAUGUCUCCCUCCAAGUCAACGGCGCUACCAUCACCUCUAACUUGCUGGCUCACUGCCUGGGUGUUCUUUUUGACUUCAACCUCUCCUUCACCCCUCAUGUGCAAUCAAUCACCAAAUCCUGUCACUUCCAUCUCAAAAACAUAGCGCGCAUCCGCCCCUAUUUAACGCCGGAUGUGGCUAAGGUGCUGGUCCAUGCUGUUGUUCUCUCUCGCCUUGACUACUGCAAUCCCCUUCUCAGUGGUCUUACGUGUUCCCAGAUUGCACCGCUGCAAUCUAUAAUGAAUGCUCUGUCAGUCCCUGCAUUGGCUUCCUGUUAGAUAUAGGUCUCAAUUUAAAAUUCUGGUGCUUGCUUACAAGUCCCUACAUAAUGCUGCACCAACCUACCUAUCCUCCUUAUUACACAAGUAUGUCCUGUCGAGGUCCCUGUGCUCUGCCAAAGACCUACGUCUAUCCUCUGUCCGUACUCCCACCUCUGAUGCUCGCCUCCAGGAUUUGUCCAGGGCUGCACCUUUUUCUGUGAAACUCCCUUCCCUUCUCCGUAAGACUUUCACCCAGUCUCCACUCCUUCAAAAAAUCAUUGAAAACUCACUUCUUCAAGAAAGCAUAUCAAUUAAACUGCUAGCAGGUUUUUAUCCCCCACCCCCUAUGACUCCUCUCCUGCAACUGUCAAAAAUUAUCUACUAAGCCCUCAUAAUAAAUCUGGUUUCAUAAUGAAUGAAAUAGUUAAUACCACAACAUUGCCCUAUCUCCUGUCAAGUAAAAAGUCCUUUGACUGGUAACAUUUCUAUCUGCACUUAGUUCCAUAUUGUACCCAUUGUACAGCGCUACGCAAUUUGCUGGCGCUAUAUAAAUAUUAAAAUAUUAAUAUUGGCAGGUAGCUCAGAGGUAUGGUUUGAUUCUAGAUACAGGGAAAUUGGAAAUUGAUGGAAAAUGUAAAGUUACAGUUUUAUAGAAAAAUGCAGCAAGAUCCAUUUCUUUAUUUUAAGAGGAAAUAGGAAGUAAAAUGUUAGAAGUCGGACUUGGCAAAUCACAUGACUUGAUCAUGAGACGGGCAAGCUCCCCAUCAGCUGACAGAGCGACUGCUAUAAAGGGCAUCCUUACCACAUGUGUAGACAUGCUUGCUGAACGUACUUUAAUACUUUAUAUAGGCUACCUGGCAUCCUGCUGUGCAUGCGCUACAAAGGAGCAAGAACCCUUUAUGUUCAGACAAGAUAGCUGUACUGAAAUUAUUCCAUUUACCUCUGCUUAUUUUACACCUGUCUGUGAGCGUGCUGCUCCGGUAGUGGAAGUAACAACAAUAAUAUAAAUAUAUAUAUAAUGUAUACAGUAUAACUAUAUACACAUUAUACCAUAUACAGUAACUAUAUACAUUACUUAUAUACAUUAUACACUGUAUACAGUAACUAUAUACACAUUAUACCAUAUACAGUAACUAUAUACAUUACUUAUAUACAUUAUACACUGUAUACAGUAACUAUAUACAUAUUAUACCAUAUACAGUAACUAUAUACAUUACUUAUAUACAUUAUACACUGUAUACAGUAACUAUAUACACAUUAUACCAUAUACAGUAACUAUAUACAUUACUUAUAUACAUUAUACACUGUAUACAGUAACUAUAUACACAUUAUACCAUAUACAGUAACUAUAUACAUUACUUAUAUACAUUAUACACUGUAUACAGUAACUAUAUAAUUAUACCAUAUACUGUAACUAUAUACAUUACUUAUAUACAUUAUACACUGUAUACAGUAACUAUAUACACAUUAUACCAUAUACAGUAACUAUAUACAUUACUUAUAUACAUUAUACACUGUAUACAGUAACUAUAUACAUUGUACCAUAUACUGUAACUAUAUACAUUAUUUAUAUACAUUAUACACUGUAUACAGUAACUAUAUAAUUACACCAUAUACUGUAACUAUAUACACAUUAUACCAUAUACAUUACUUAUAUACAUUAUACACUGUAUACAGUAACUAUAUACACAUUAUACCAUAUACUGUAACUAUAUACAUUACUUAUAUACAUUAUACACUGUAUACAGUAACUAUAUACAUUGCACCAUAUACUGUAACUAUAUACACAUUAUACCAUAUACAUUACUUAUAUACAUUAUACACUGUAUACAGUAACUAUAUACACAUUAUACCAUAUACUGUAACUAUAUACUUUACUUAUAUACAUUAUACACUGUAUACAGUAACUAUAUAAUUAUACCAUAUACAGUAACUAUAUACACAUUAUACCAUAUACUGUACCUAUCUACACAUUAUAUCAUAUACUGUAACUAUAUACAUUAUUUAUAUACAUUAUACACUGUAUACAGUAACUAUAUACAUUGUACCAUAUACUGUAACUAUUUACACAUUAUACCAUAUACUGUAACUAUAUACAUUAUUUAUAUACAUUAUACACUGUAUACAGUAACUAUAUACAUUGUACCAUAUACUGUAACUAUUUACACAUUAUACCAUAUACAGUAACUAUAUACAUUAUUUAUAUACAUUAUACACUGUAUACAGUAACUAUAUACAUUGUACCAUAUACUGUAACUAUAUACACAUUAUACCAUAUACUGUAACCAUAUACAUUAUACCAUAUACUGUACCUAUAUACACAUUAUACCAUAUACUGUAACUAUAUACACACAUUAUACCAUAUACUGUAACUAUAUACAUUAUUUAUAUACAUUAUACACCGUAUACAAUAACUAUAUACAUUAUACACUGUAUACAGUAACUAUAUACAUUGUACCAUAUACUGUAACUAUAUACACAUUAUACCAUAUACUGUAUCUAUAUACAUUAUUUAUAUACAUUAUACCAUAUACAGUGACUAUAUACAUUAUACCAUAUACUGUAACUAUAUAUAUUAUACACCGUAUACAGUAACUAUAUACAUUAUACGCCAUAUUGUCACAGCCCCCGGCUCACCGCCAUGUGCGUCUGUGCCCAAACGGCACAUCCAUGGCUCCACCCCACAAAAUUAUACGAACGUGCGCGUGACGUCACAACGUCAACGCACGCGCACGUUCUGGUGUCAGAGGUCACCCUCUGACCAAUCAGAGCCUAGAGAGGGAUAUUUAAAUCCCUAAUUCACUCCAGUUCCUUGCCCUGUCGUGGUUUCUCAUUCCUGGUUUCCUGAGAGUGCGGUUUUCCUUGUGAUAUUGAUAUUCUGGUAUCCUGAUCUUGGUUAUUCCUGGUUAUUCCGAUUUCUGGUUCCCCUGACUUGGCUUGUUUAACCGGUAUCUGAGUAUUUCUGGCUUCCUUGACCUCGGCUUUCCCUUUGACCAUUCUCUAUCUCUAGCGUAUUAGUCCGGCCAUUCUAAGGUAAGGUUUACGCUAUUUCCUUUUAUUUCCUUUCCUUUUUUAUGUAUAUGUUUACACAGUUUCUGCAUGUUGGACCACACUAACAGCCGUGACACAUAUACAGUAACUAUAUACAUUAUACCAUAUACAGUAACUAUAUACAUUAUUUAUAUACAUUAUACCACAUAUACAGUAACUAUAUACAUUAUACCAUAUACAGUAACUAUAUACAUUAUUUAUAUACAUUAUACCACAUAUACAGUAACUAUAUACAUUAUACCAUAUACAGUAACUAUACACAUUAUUUAUAUACAUUAUACAAUAUACAGUAACUAUAUACAUUAAUUAUAUACAUUAUACAUUGUAUACAAUAACUAUAUACAUUAUACCAUAUACAGUAACUUUAUACAUUAAUUAUAUAUAUUAUACACCAUAUACAAUAACUAUAUACAUCAUACCAUAUACAGUAACUAUAUACAUUAUUUAUAUACAUUAUACAUCGUAUACAAUAACUAUAUACAUCAUACCAUAUACAGUAACUAUAAACAUUAUUUAUAUACAUUAUACACCGUAUACAGUAACUAUAUACAUUAUACCAUAUACAGUAACAGUAUGCAUUAUUUAUAUACAUUAUACAAUAUACAGCAACUAUAUACAUCAUACACCAUAUACAAUAAUUAUAUACACAUUAUACCAUAUACAGUACCUAUAUACAUUAUUUAUAUACAUUUUACAGCAUAUACAUUAACUAUAUACAUUACACCAUAUACAGUAACAGUGUGCAUUAUUUAUAUACAUUAUACCAUAUACAGUAUGCAUUAUUUAUAUACAUUACACUAUAUACAGUAACUAUAUACACUAUACCAUAUACAGUAACAGUAUUCAUUAUUUAUAUACAUUAUAUCAUAUACAGUAACUUUAUACAUUAUACCAUAUACAGUAACAGUGUGCAUUAUUUAUAUACAUUAUACCAUAUAAAGUAACAGUAUGCAUUAUUUAUAUACAUUACACCGUAUACAGCAACUAUAUACACUAUACCAUAUACAGUAACUAUAUACAUUAUACCAUAUACAGUAACAGUAUUCAUUAUUAAAUAUACAUUAUAUGCCAUAUACAGUAACUAUAUACAUUAUUAAUAUACAUUAUAUACCCUAUAUAGAAACGAUAUACAUUAAUUUACAUUAUACCCCAUAUACAAUAACUAUAGAUGUUAUAAGCCAUAUCCAGUAACAGUAUUCAUUAUUUAUAUACAUUAUACUAUAUACAGUAACUAUAUACAUUAUACCAUAUACAGUAACAGUGUGCAUUAUAUAUAUUAUACCAUAUACAGUAUGCAUUAUUUAUAUCCAUUACACGGUAUACAGUAACUAUAUACACUAUACCAUAUACAGUAACUUUAUACAUUAUACCAUAUACAGUAACAGUAUUUGUGACGGAACGCUGGCACUCCGACUGAGUACCUCCGCCAAUCGAUGUUCCUAGUGCUCGCUGAGGACUCCAAGCACUCCAACCGACACCAUCAGCACUGCAGACCCCACUUCCAGCGAUGCAACUGCGCCGGGGUCUCUGCUGUUUCCACCCACCCUGGACCCAAGGCCAGGAUCCAGCUUCCAGUGGGUGAACCUCUCUUUUCCCCAGAGAGCAGGAACAGGAACAAAUCAAGCUAUUGCAAGAGCUUCCUCUGGGGAGUAAGUGAUUAUAGCAAUCCCCAGAGUGUAGGUAUCCCUUCCCCCAAACAUGAGCCAAGGCUUAAUGCUGGAACAAGACUGAUUUACUGGCACACAGAACUCACAAUUUAUGCAACACAAAACUCCUCCUCUGGGCCAGGCUAGAUAAUUGAGUUUCUACAAUACACAAAGCUCAAUUAUCUGCUGGCCAGAAAUAAUACAGUUUCAUAAAACACACAGGGACCCCAAAACAUGCAAUAACCCCAUAAAAAGUAUAUCCUUGGAACCGGGGGAUCUGGGUGAACCACAUAUCCAAAAUUCACCCAGAUCCGUUCAGUACUUUGGAAAAUACAGUUUAAUGCAGAUUCUGCAGAACAUAUACAGGCUAAAUGAAAAACAAUCACUUUAUAAUGUGUCCCCUGCUGUAUAGUCCAAAACCACUGCACGAUGUCUCUGUGCACCAAAUACUGGCGAGAUGGCACCGUGUUGAAAAGUCCAAACAGUGUCUGUGAGUUAAAAUGGCCGCCAUCCAUUGUUCUCACCAUGUGCUUCUGAUACAGGAAAUGGUGGCCACCCAGUAACUCCACAGUAUGUCCCCAGAUGGUUCUUAAAGGGCCAGCAGCAGCACAACACAAAUCCAUUAUGCCCAAAUCAUGUCUUUAAAGGGCAAUACAUCCCAGGGGCCAUAGUCACAGGGCAAGAGGCGGGCAAGCAGUCCUCUCCAGGCACAAGUGGCGAAGGGCACUUCGUCACACAUCUUCCCUUUGGGGGGAAGACUAAACAGGUACCUGACCUUCUGCCGGUCAGUACCUAGAUUAGUCGGGCAGCCCACCCACAAAGAAAAAUACGCAGAGUAACCCCCCCACAAUAAAUGGUACUGGCCUGUAGGUUCACGUUUGUAGGGGGACAGCGCAGCACUCUCGGUCUCCCUGGUGCAGCUAGGCAAACUGCUGGUGUUGCUUGGGGGGCAGAGGCCAGCGGCGCUCUGCCCUGCUGCCAGCUCUUCCACUGGGGUAACCCGUGGUAAGUCAGGCUCUGAUACAGGGGAAAGGGGGGGGCAGAGGCUAACAAGCUCUGCCCAGAUGCCAGCUCUUCUGCUGGGAGGGGGUCAGUGGGUAUCGCAGGCUCAUCCACUGCCCCCAGGACCCGGUUGGGAUGUAGCUGGGGAGGGGAAGUUUCGCUUACCUCCUCCUCCUGGCAUCCCUGCGGGGUUGGUUGGGGAUCUGGACCGCCCGUCCAGCCUCCCUGUAGGACUGGCACAGAGACCGCGGUCCCAUCUGCGCCAGUGUGGUUAGGUUUGUCUUCCCCCUCUCCCGGUAUCUCUGGCUGCUGUUGGAGGGGGAGGCUGGUUGCCCCCACUCCCCAGGACGCUGGUUGCUGUAAGGUGGAGGGAUUGACCAUCACCUCCUCCUGGAACUCAGGCCGCCGCUGGGGAGAGAGACCAGUUGUCUCCUCUCCCUGUAUAUUAUACUGCCGCUGGGGACCUAGGCUGACUGCCCAGCAUCCCUGUAGGGCCGGCAGAGAGACUUCGGUCCCAUCUCCGCUUGCCAUCUCUGUGUGUCCCCAGGACAAGUCUAUGAGGUCGCCCACCUCCGGCUGCUGUUGGAGAGGGAGGCCGGUUGCCUCCCCUCCCCAGGAUGCUGGUUGCUGUAUGGGGGAGGGAUCUACCAUCACCUCCUCCUGGAACUCAGGCUGCUGCUGGGAAGGGAGACCGGUUGUCUCCUCUCCCUGUGAGAUACACUGCCGCUGGGGAUCUGGGCCGGGUACCCAGCAUCCCUGUGGGGCAGGUGGAGAGACCUCGGUUCCAUCUCCACCUGCCAUCUGUGGGUCUUCCCCGGACCGUUCCAUAAGGUUGCUCACCUCUGGGGCUAGUUGGACAGAAGAGGGUAGGGUGUCCAGGUAAUCCUCUGGGCUGAGGGACGGUGAUUGGGCUAAGUUGAACAGGCGUCGGUAGCUCUGCUCCAGCCCCCACUCCAUUGCGACCAGAUGACUCAGGUCUGGCCCCAGGUCGUCCGCUCGGGGAAGAUCCAGCAGGGUUUCCCUGAUGUUGUGGAUGUCCCAGAACCGAAACUCUGUGGGGCAUCCAAAGUCAUCGCCCUCCUCAUAGGCCUCCCACAGUAAGCCCGGGCCAUUAUAAUCCUCUCCCUCGGGCAGAUAGUGGUUAGUCAUCGAGGGGUUGCGCUGGGUGGCGUACCACUUUAAUGCCCGGUAAGCUGCAUCUAGCCACAACUCCUUCCAAAUUAAAUCCCAGAGUUCCAACAACCAUUCAUCCAAGGGUUGCUCCCCUAGGAAAGGGGAGCGCAGGGCCUCGAGUACCUGAAACCGCUGCUCGUCACUGGGAAGGCUCUCUCCCCGCCGCGUUGUACCUUUUCCAGGGCAUCGUGCCACAUCUCCGUACGAGUGACAUCUCUCCAGUCCAGUAUGCACUCCUCUGAUACAGGCCCGUCCUGUUGGGCCAAGUGCUGCUGCAACCUCCAGCGAAACUCCUCUUCCAUGUUGCUGUGGAUAGGGACGCUGCCCGUAGCUAGCUCUAUCCCUUGAGUUCCUCUGAAGCCAGGGUCGCUGCACAAGUGCUAGCGUUGCCCUCAAUUAUAAAUCCGUAACUCCACACGUUACCGGUGUCUCCGAGCUGCUGGUCCUUGCACUAGGACGCCAUCCCGCCGCUGCCACCAAAUGUGACGGAAAGCUGGCACUCCGACUGAGUACCUCCGCCAAUCGAUGCUCCUAGUGCUCGCUGAGGACUCCAAGCACUCCAACCGACACCAUCAGCACUGCAGACCCCACUUCCAGCGAUGCAACUGCGCCGGGGUCUCUGCUGUUUCCACCCACCCUGGACCCAAGGCCAGGAUCCAGCUUCCAGUGGGUGAACCUCUCUUUCCCCAGAGAGCAGGAACAGGAACAAAUCAAGCUAUUGCAAGAGCUUCCUCUGGGGAGUAAGUGAUUAUAGCAAUCCCCAGAGUGUAGGUAUCCCUUCCCCCAAACAUGAGCCAAGGCUUAAUGCUGGAACAAGACUGAUUUACUGGCACACAGAACUCACAAUUUAUGCAACACAAAACUCCUCCUCUGGGCCAGGCUAGAUAAUUGAGUUUCUACAAUACACAAAGCUCAAUUAUCUGCUGGCCAGAAAUAAUACAGUUUCAUAAAACACACAGGGACCCCAAAACAUGCAAUAACCCCAUAAAAUAUAUCCUUGGAACCGGGGGAUCUGGGUGAACCACAUAUCCAAAAUUCACCCAGAUCCGUUCAGUACUUUGGAAAAUACAGUUUAAUGCAGAUUCUGCAGAAUAUAUACAGGCUAAAUGAAAAACAAUCACUUUAUAAUGUGUCCCCUGCUGUAUAGUCCAAAACCACUGCACGAUGUCUCUGUGCACCAAAUACUGGCGAGAUGGCACCGUGUUGAAAAGUCCAAACAGUGUCUGUGAGUUAAAAUGGCCGCCAUCCAUUGUUCUCACCAUGUGCUUCUGAUACAGGAAAUGGUGGCCACCCAGUAACUCCACAGUAUGUCCCCAGAUGGUUCUUAAAGGGCAGCAGCAGCCCAGUCUCAAUACAUCCCAAAGUCACAUUAGUCCCAAAUCACAAGUAUGCACUUCGUCAGGGGUACAUCCCAGAUAGGGGCAAGAGGCAAGCAGUCCUCUCCAGGCACAAGUGGCGACGGGCACUUCGUCACAGUAUUCAUGAUUAAAUAUACAUUUUAUGCCAUAUACAGCAACUAUAUACAUUAUUAAUAUACAUUAUAUACCCUAUAUAGAAACUAUAUACAUUAAUUUACAUUAUACCCCAUAUACAAUAACUAUAGAUGUUAUAAGCCAUAUCCAGUAAAUAUAAUAUAUUAUACCAUAUACAGUAACAGUAUUCAUUCUUUAUAUACAUUAUACUAUAUACAGUAACUAUAUACACUAUACCAUAUACAGUAACUAUAUACAUUAUACCAUAUACAGUAACAGUAUUCAUUAUUAAAUAUACAUUUUAUGCCAUAUACAGCAACUAUAUACAUUAUUAAUAUACAUUAUAUACCCUAUAUAGUAACUAUAUACAUUAAUUUACAUUAUACCCCAUAUACAAUAACUAUAGAUAUUAUACGCCAUAUACAGUAACUACACUGAACAAAAUUAUAAACGCAACACUUUAGUUUUUGCCCCCAUUUUUCAUGAGCUGAACUCAAAGAUCUAAGACUUUUUCUAUGUACACAAAAGGCCUAUUUCUCUCAAAUAUUGUCCACAAAUCUGUCUAAAUCUGUGUUAGUGAGCACUUCUCCUUCACUGAGAUAAUCCAUCCACCUCACAGGUGUGGCAUAUCAAGAUGCUGAUUAGACAGCAUGAUUAUUGCACAGGUGUGCCUUAGGCUGGCCACAAUAAAAGGCCACUCUAAAAUAUGCAGUUUUAUCACACAGCACAAUGCCGCAAGUUUUGAGGCAGUGUGCAAUUGGCAUGCUGACUGCAGGAAUGUCCAUCAGAGCUGUUGCCCAUGAAUUGAAUGUUCAUUUCUUUACCAUAAGCCAUCUUCAAAGGCGUUUCAGAGAAUUUGAACCACAGACCAUGUGUAACCACAUCCAGCAUCUUCACCUCCAAGAUCGUCUGAGACCAGCCACCCGGACAGCUGCUGCAACAAUCUGUUUGUAUAACCAAAGAAUUUCUGCACAAAUUGUCAGAAACCAUCUCAGGGAAGCUCAUCUGCAUGCUCGUCAUCCUCAUCGGGGUCUCAACCUGACUGCAGUUCAUCGUCGUAGACAGAUUUGUGAACAAUAUUUGAGAGAAAUAGGCCUUUUGUGUACAUAGGAAAAGUCUUAGGAUCUUUAAAGUUCAGCUCAUGAAAAAUGGGGGCAAAAACUAAAGUGUUGCGUUUAUAAUUUUGUUCAGUGUAUAUAUAUAUAUACUUUAUAUGCUAUAUACAGAAACUCUACACAUUAUAUGCCAUAUACAGUAACUGUAUACAUUAUAUACAUUAUACAGUAACUAUAUACAUUAUACACCAUAUACAGUAACUAAAAUAAAUAUAUUAUAUACAUUAAUCACUAUACAUAGUAACUAUAUACAUAAUACGCUUUAUAGAGUGACUAUAUACAUUAUACGCCAUAUACAGUAAUUGUAUAAAUUAUUUAUACAUUAUAUGCCAUAUACAGUAACUGUCAGGGCCGAUUCUGGGCAGAUGCACCAGUUGCCCGAAGGUGGGGAGAUACAAGACGAGCACUGUCACAGUGUGCCUAGAAGGUCCACCUUAGGGCACCCCCAAUGUGACGCUAAUUCAGUAAUGCAAAGUAGGCACCUGAUACCUGGAUGGCAAGUGCCAGAGGGAAGUGGGGGGAGAGGAGGAAGGCAGCAGGCGGCGGCAAGGGAGCGCUGAUCUUCACUCCUCCCUUGCUCUCCCUCUGUGACUGGACCCCAGGGAGAGGUAGGGAGGCUGGAUGGGCAAGUGUGCAAGAAUGUGUGAGUAUGUCUGCAGUGAGUGUGUGUGCAUGUCUGUCAGUGUGUAAGGUCUGUCAGUGUGUGUGUUUGUCUGUCGGUGUGUGAAUGUCUGUCAGUGACCGUGUGUGAAGCUACUCGCCCAUGUUAAAACAAUCUUUCUAUCAGCCAUCCUCAAGCUAUACUGCUGAUGUGCACUGUCAAAGAAUAUAUAUACACAGCAAUCCCACUGAAAACAAGAACACUGCCUUUCCCAAUCACUUCAGGCAUUGUGGAUUGCAGCAAAGGUGUGUCUUUGAGUCAGUGAAUGUGUGUGUCUGUCAGUGAAUGUGUGUGUGUGUGUGUGUCUGUCAGUGCAUGUCUAUUAGUGAGUAUGUGUGUGUCUGUCAGUGAAUGUGUGUGUCUGUCUGUCUGUCAGUGAGUGUGUAAAUCUGUCACUGAGUGCAUGUCUAUUAGUGAGUAUGUGUGUGUCUGUCAGUGAAUGUGUGUGUGUGUCUGUCAGUGAGUGUGUGUCUGUCAGUUAGUGUGUGUCUGUCUGUCAGUGAGUGUGUAAAUCUGUCACUGAGUGCAUGUCUAUUAGUGAGUAUGUGUGUGUCUGUCAGUUAGUGUGUGUCUGUCUGUCACUGAGUGCAUGUCUAUUAGUGAGUAUGUGUGUGUCAGUUAGUGUGUGUCUGUCUGUCAGUGAGUGUGUCAAUCUGUCACUGAGUGCAUGUCUAUUAGUGAGUAUGUGUGUGUCUGUCAGUGUGUGUGUGUCUGUCAGUUAGUGUGUGUCUGUCUGUCAUUGAGUGUAUCAAUCUGUCACUGAGUGCAUGUCUAUUAGUGAGUAUGUGUGUGUCUGUCAGUGUGUGCAUCUGUCAGUGAGUAAGUGCAUCUGUAUAUCAGUGAGUGUGUUUCAAAUUAGUGAAUUGUGUGUCUGUCACUGAGAGUGUGUGUCUGCCAGUGUGCAUCUGUCAAUGUGUCUCUCUCAGUGAGUGUGUGUCUCAUUAGAAAAAUAGGUGGGGCUUAUGGAUGGAGAGGUGGAGUCGUUGCCAUAGAAAGAUGCACAUCUGGACAUUUGAGAAGGGGAGAAGUUGGUAAGUCUACCACACCUACGUGGAGGCGCCAAAAAGGUUCUGCAUCCAGGCAUCUGUAACCCUAGGAUCGGCCUUGGUAACUGUAUACAUUAUACACCAUAUACAGUAAUUGUAACUAUAUACAUUAUACGCCAUAUACAGUAAUUAAUCACAUUACACACCAUAUACAGUAACUAACUAUAUACAUUAUACACCAUAUACAGUAACUAAUUACAUUAUACACCAUAUACAGUAACUGUAACUAUAUACAUUAUACGCCAUAUACAGUAAUUAAUCACAUUACACACCAUAUACAGUAACUAACUAUAUACAUUAUACCACAUAUACUGUAACUAAUUACAUUAUACGCAAUAUACAGUAACUGUAACUAUAUACAUUAUACACCAUAUACAGUAAUUCAUCACAUUAUACACCAUAUACAGUAACUAUAUACAUUAUACACCAUAUACAGUAACUAAUUACAUUAUACGCAACAUACAGUAACUGUAACUAUAUACAUUAUACACCAUAUACAGUAACUCAUUACAUUAUACACCAUAUACAGUAACUAACUAAUUACAUUAUACCCCAUAUACAGUAACUGUAACUAUAUCCAUUAUACACCAUAUACAGUAACUAUAUACAUUAUACACCAUAUACAGUAACUAAUUACAUUAUACACCAUAUACAGUAACUAACUAUAUACAUUAUACACCAUAUACAGUAACUAAUUACAUUAUACACCAUAUACAGUAACUAACUAUAUACAUUAUACACCAUAUACAGUAAUUAAUCACAUUAUACACCAUAUACAGUAACUAUAUACAUUAUACACCAUAUACAGUAAUUAAUCACAUUAUACACCAUAUACAGUAACUAACUAUAUACAUUAUACCACAUAUACUGUAACUAAUUACAUUAUACGCAAUAUACAGUAACUGUAACUAUAUACAUUAUACACCAUAUACAGUAAUUCAUCACAUUAUACACCAUAUACAGUAACUAUAUACAUUAUACACCAUAUACAGUAACUAAUUACAUUAUACGCAACAUACAGUAACUGUAACUAUAUACAUUAUACACCAUAUACAGUAACUCAUUACAUUAUACACCAUAUACAGUAACUAACUAAUUACAUUAUACCCCAUAUACAGUAACUGUAACUAUAUCCAUUAUACACCAUAUACAGUAACUAUAUACAUUAUACACCAUAUACAGUAACUAAUUACAUUAUACACCAUAUACAGUAACUAACUAUAUACAUUAUACACCAUAUACAGUAACUAAUUACAUUAUACACCAUAUACAGUAACUAACUAUAUACAUUAUACACCAUAUACAGUAAUUAAUCACAUUAUACACCAUAUACAGUAACUAUAUACAUUAUACACCAUAUACAGUAAUUAAUCACAUUAUACACCAUAUACAGUAACUAACUAUAUACAUUAUACCACAUAUACUGUAACUAAUUACAUUAUACGCAAUAUACAGUAACUGUAACUAUAUACAUUAUACACCAUAUACAGUAAUUCAUCACAUUAUACACCAUAUACAGUAACUAUAUACAUUAUACACCAUAUACAGUAACUAAUUACAUUAUACGCAACAUACAGUAACUGUAACUAUAUACAUUAUACACCAUAUACAGUAACUCAUUACAUUAUACACCAUAUACAGUAACUAACUAAUUACAUUAUACCCCAUAUACAGUAACUGUAACUAUAUCCAUUAUACACCAUAUACAGUAAUUAAUCACAUUAUACACCAUAUACAGUAACUAUAUACAUUAUAGGCAAUAUACAGUAACUAUAUACAUUACUUAUAUACAUUAUACACCAUAUACAGUAACUAACUAUAUACAUUAUACACCAUAUACAGUAACUAAUUACAUUAUACGCCAUAUACAGUAAUUGUAACUAUAUACAUUAUACGCCAUAUACAGUAAUUAAUCACAUUAUACACCAUAUACAGUAACUAUAUACAUUAUACACCAUAUACAGUAACUGUAACUAUAUACAUUAUACCACAUAUACAGUAACUAUAUACAUUAUACGCCAUAUACAGUAACUAUAUACAUUUAUACAUAUUAUAUGAUCACUAAAGUAAUUACAUACAGCAUGUAUAUUAUAUCAUAAAUAUCCCUCCCCCACCCCCCCUCCCCCACCCCAAUCCACAUCCUGACUGGUUUCCUGAAUUAGUGUAUUUCGGUUAGCUCUAUUCAGUUCUAAAACACGUGAAUCUAACGUGUUGCUCGUGUAAUUUGUGGAAUCUCUGAAACACUUUGAUUCGAAAAAGUAAGAGACAUAUUUGUAACUGCAAACAGCACUGGGGGUGGGAAGCAAUAUAGAUUUAUUUAUUGGCAUUUAUAAAGCGCCAACAUAUUCCGCAGCGCUGUACAAUUGGGAAAGACAACACAAUAAGAACAGACCGAUACAACAGGUAGAGGGCCCUGCCCGUGAGCUUACAAUCUAAAGGUUAAACUAGGAAGAUGAGACAAGAGGUAGCAGAGGGAUUUGUAUGUGAUAGCAGAGAGAGUUAUAAUGGUAUAACUGCAGCAGCUGAUAGCAUGUGAAGGUAAUAAGGAGGUGAUUGGCUAUGGUUCCAAACAGCUGGAAGAGCAUGCUAUAUAGUAAGAAGGAACCAGGGUGGGUAGAGCCGAGUAAAAUUAAAAGGCCUUGUAGCUGGGAUGAAUGAUGAUUUGGGGCUAAGGAAGAGAGAGAAAAAACAUUUACUUAAAAGGUAUUUACAGCUGAGAGUAGCAAGGGGGGGGUGUGGGGGUGGAGAUUCUGCAGAUUCUACAAAUCUAGAGAGGAUCCAACACCUCCAGUACUGUUUGAUUUUCAUUUAAAAUAAUUACAUCAACUUGUUCAAUAAUGCUUAAUAAACUGAAGUUUGGAGAUCACUUUAUAUUAAAGGAAUACUAUAGUGUUUGGAGUACAAACAUUUAUUGCCUGUAGUUACCUGUUCAAUGUUUUAGGUACCCAGCCCCCCUCCAAGCUUUACCCACCUUUUUUCCCACACCGUGGUGGUCAGUCUUGCUGAUCUCAGCCAAUCGAGUGCUUUCCCAUAAGAAAACACCAUGCUGCACCAAUCAGCAUCUCCUCAUAGAUAUACAUUCAAUCAAUGCAUCUCUAUGAGGAACAUUCAGCGCCUCCACGCAGAGGAAGACACAGAACAUGGGUGCUGCACAUUGUGCAGUACUGAGAUAGGAAGCACUUCUAGUGGCCGUCUGACUGACUGUCACUCAAGGUGUUACUGGGCAGCAAUGGAAAAACGCUGCAUUUUCUCUGAAUACAUUAUUUAUAUAAAUUCUACACCACAACAAUUACAUUAAGCAGCCGUGGUUCUGUUGAUUGUAGUUUCACUUUAAAUAUCAAUAUGACUUAUCGAGGCAUUAUCUAUACUUUGAUACUUGAGAAAAUUACAUAAAAUAGGUGUAAGUAAAUGAAAACAAACUAAGCGAAAGAAGGAGUAGUGAAGGUGAACAAACCCCCCACUAUUCCCUCAGAGGAGAAGGUGACAGGAGGUAACAGGGGCUUAACCCCAAUUAAACUAAGAAAAAAGACAAAAACGAAUAGAGAGGGAGGUCUGAUCCCCUAAAGAGGGGGAGAGGACUACCCUGACCAUUCAAAGAAUACCUCCUAAUGUAAAAAAGUCACGUUACGGGGUGAACAUGUUAGCACAAUGCUCAUCUACCCUGAUUGGCUUAAGGCCAUACAUGUCAUCAUGACGCUACAUUUCCUCCUUUUGAAAUUAUGGCGACCACGUGAGCUUUAGGCCCACCUUUCCUGAUUGGUCUCUUCUGAGAGUUGACGAUCGGAUGAACCCCGCCUCUUGAGGAAUCCGAUUGGAGGACGUCACCUUUGGGGAAGUGGUUACUACCCUUUAUAAAGCAAAAUCCAACCACUUAACAAGUUGCUCUUGAUAAAGGCGUGCUUGAAAACGCCGAAACGCGCGUCGAGUUUAGAUAGUUUUAGCGGACGCCAAUCACUUUAUUUAAGAUUUUAGUUGUAGCUGAUGCUAUCUAUGAGCUCUUAGACAGUCUUAGCCGACGCUUAUUUCCUGAAUUGAGUUUAGAUAGCUUUUAGCCGACGCUAAGCACUUAUACUUGAGAUUUUGGUUGUAGCUGAAGCUAUCCAUCAGUUUUCUAGACAGUUUGUAGCCGACGCUACUUUACUGAUUUUGAGUCUUCAGCUCUAGUAGACUUUAGCUUUAUGUAAUUUAUUUUUCUAGCUUGGAGAUGUCCCUGAGUGCAAUAUGCUGGCUCUUUUUAGCUAAUAAGGGGGGAUAGAUAUGCUGCCUUGAAGCAGCUGUUAGAUGUAUGGUAAAGGUUUAGUUGGAGCAGCAUUAUGAAGGGGUGUUUUAGGUGAUCUAUACGUAUAUCUAGAAUUAUAUUUCUAGUUUAUUCUCUUUCUCUAGGUCUUUGCCUCUCUGCACCCUUUAUCCAUUCAUGCUGCCAUUUUUCUAUCUAUCUUUAUAUAUAUACUUUUCCUAUAUUGUGCUCCCUCUAUAACCACAUAGGGACAUUCAGUCCAUUUCCUUCUCUUUUCUACUGCCAUUGAAUCAUUUGGCAUUAUUUAUAUUGACUUAUAGUUUUUAUACGUAUUUCAAUAAAGGUUAUAUACCCUAAUUUAUGUGACUUUUUUUACAUUAGGAGGUAUUCUUUGAAUGGUCAGGGUAGUCCUCUCCCCCUCUUUAGGGGAUCAGACCUCCCUCUCUAUUCGUUUUUGUCUUUUUUCGUAAAAUGAAAACAACUAACAUUAAAAAAAAAAAAACAUAUUAGCAAACCUAGUCCGCCAUCUGUAUACAUUGCAAUAGGUGGAAAGCUUGGUAUGGUUUUAGUAGCUGCAUGAUGGAAUGAGGAGAUUUAGCUCCAGUCUGUUUUAAUCCAUCUGUACCUCACUCUACACCUGACCCUCCAUGUCCUGUCUUUUCAGUCCGUAUUCCAGUUUUAUGACCCAGAACAUAAAGGCUACGUGUCCACUGAAGACUUUGAUAAGAUCGUAGUCAGUCUACCGUUCUCCUGCCACAUUCUGGAAAAGGAAAGGUAUGUUUUCGGGUGGAAAGAAGCCCGAUGAUGAUGGUAAAAGUGAGACAAUUAUGACAUUGGAUUGUCUUAUUCACAGUGAUGGGCCAAUCAGUCGCCAAGAGAUGACAUCUUACUUCAUGAAAGCCAGUCAUGUCUGCUCCAAGUUGGGUGUCCGUUUCCUGCAGAGUGUGGUGGAGGCGCGUCUGAAGAAAUCUCCGCUGUGUGCCAAUUGUGUAAGUACCAGCAUCUACUUCUGUUAUAACAGUGUGAAAUACAGGGCUCUUUAGUAAAUGUGGAGAGGGACAGACAACACUUGGUGGCAGAGGUCCACGAGCCAGAAAUCUCCACAUUUGGUCGAUGUUAUCCAAAAUGAUUUCUUCAUCAAAUUCCAGGUUGAGAGGGGUUACUUCAUAUAAUUCUCAUCACCAACUCCAUAAGAGGAAAUCUCCCUUGGAGGCAACUAGGGUCAGCCCAUAUGAUAAGAGACAAGCAUGUCCACGCUUUCUAUACGUUACUAUAACCCCUGACGUUCUGCCAUGUACAAGGCUGACUUUGCCCUUAGAGCAAAUACAUCACAGUCACUCAUUGGCUGCAGGUCAUGAGAAAGUAUGACCCGAUAAGAGUUAUAGGCAAUUUCCAUUGUACAGAGAGCUAACACCUUUCAUCAAAACCAUAUGAUAAAAUACACUAUACUAUUUGGUCAAAUGUAUGAGGACAACCCAAGUACUUAUUGAGUUCAGAUGUUUCAGCCUCCCUCAUUGCUAACAAGUGCAUACAUUCCUGUAGAGAGUCAUGAAAUCUCCAUAAUACAGUGGGUCCCACUAAAGAGCUCAGUGACUUUAAACGUGGCACUGUCACACGAUCCAACAUUUGUCAGGUCAAUAAAUUAAAAUUCUUUUGGCUUAAGGAUACACAUAACAAAGACAUUUGCUUCCAACUAAAGCCUUGAUUUAAUGUAUUUGGAUAAGCUUUUUCAAUGAUAUUUUUAACAUGUAAAAAAAUAUAUCAUAAAUAAAAAUAAAUCAAUCUACUACAAAAUUAAAGUAUUUUUCAUAAUAUUAAAUCGUUUUAAAGGUUUAUUAAAAAGAUUAAAUCAAGGACUUCAUGGUAACAGUUUGGGAAAAGGUCCUUUCCUGUUCCAUCAUGACUGUGUCCAUGUACCCAAAGCAAGGACCAUAAAGACAUUGUUUGGUGGGUUUAGAGUGGAGGGACUCGAGUGGCCGGCACAGAGUCGGGACCCCUUUUGUCUACAUUUUUCCAUUCGGAUUUAAGUUUGGUGUUUAGUGAAGAACACUGUCUGUGAACCUUUGGGACAUAUGUAUAAUAUGAUAAUAAAAAAUGCCACACUCACAUCUGUUUAAACAGGACCUGAAACCUCAUGGUGUCUUUGUAACUGUUUCAGAUAUCAGACAUUAUUUGUACUGAAUUUGUCUCCCUCCCCGGUUUACUUUUCAGGUCUGGGCUGUGGCAAAGCAAGGUAAUGGCUGUGGAGGUAAUUAAUGUAUUGCACCCUGAGACAUUUCAAACCAGUAUAUUAUAUUCACACCAUUAGGACCCCAUUAACAUUACCCUGUAAAUCUGUAGAAACCAUGUGUACCCCUAACAACAAAAAAAGGGAUACCCAGGCUUUUAAAUGAAUAAUAUAGAUAAUGCAUUCAAAAUAAUUAAAGGACCACUAUAGUGCCAGGAAAACAUACUCGUUUUCCUGGCACUAUAGUGCCCUGAGGGUGCCCCCACCCUCAGGGUCCCCCUCCCGCCCGGCUCUGGAAGGGGGAAAGGGGUUUAAACUUACCUUUUUCCAGCACUGGGCGGAGAGCUCUCUUCCUUCUCUCCCUCCCUGUUGAAUGCGCACGCUGCAAGUGCUACUAUACCGCUUCUGAUAGAAAGCAUUUACAAUGCUCUAUGGACGCUUGCGGCUCUCACUGUGAAAAUCACAGUGAGAAGCACGCAGCGCCUAGUGGCUGUCAAUGAGACAGCCACUAGAGGAUUAGGGGGAAGGCUUAACCCAUUGAUAAACAUAGCAGUUUCUCUGAAACUGCUAUGUUUAUAAAAAAAUGGGUUAACCCUAGAAGGACCUGGCACCCAGACCACUUCAUUAAGCUGAAGUGGUCUGGGUGCCUAGAAUGGUCCUUUAACAUAAAAUGUAAAAAUAUGGUAUUAUGCGGACACUCCAGGCUCCCACACAGAUUAGAUGCACUGUGUAGGUUAGGUUACAGUUAUACUGGGUGGGUUUAUAUUAUUAAAGAGACACUCCAGGCUCCCACACAGAUUAGAUGCACUGUGUAGGUUAGGUUACAGUUAUAAUGGGUGGGUUUAUAUUAUUAAAGGGACACUCCAGGCUCCCACACACGUUAGAUGCACUGUGUAGGUUAGGUCAGUAGUGUAUCCUGGUUUUGUGCUGCCCUUGGCAGGACAAAACUCAGGCGCCCCCCCACCCCACCUUCUAAAUACACACACACAGUCAGACACACACACAGACAGACACACACACACACACACACACAGUCAGACACACAGUCAGACACAAACACACACACACACACACACAGUCAGACACAAACAAACACACACAGUCAGACACACAAACACACACAGUCAGACUCAGACACAAACACACACACAUUCAGAUACACACAGACACAGUCAGAUACACACACACACACACACACACACACAGUCAGACACAAACACUCACAUUAACAGUUUUUUUUUUUAUCCCCCCCCCAGCCUCCUUACCUUUGGGAAUGCUGGGGGCAGGGGGUUCUCUUUAUCCCUGGGGUCCAGUGGCUGCCGGUCGGGCGGCACUAGCGAGGGAGCUCUUCCUCUGAGCACUCUGCUCAGCUCCCUCGCUCGCCGCAGAGUGAGGCUGGGAGCCGGAAGAUGACGUCAUCUUCCGGCUCCCAGCCUCACUCUGCGGCGCGCGAGGAUGCUGAGCAGAGUGCUCAGAGGAAGAGCUCCCUCGCCAGCCGCCUGCCAGCGCCGCCCGCCCGCUCAGCAUGUCUGUUAGCCGAGAGGCUAACUAGGCAUUUGCCCUGGGCAUUUGGGGGCGGCUUUUUUUGCCGCCCCCUGGAAAAUGCUGCGUAAGGCAAAUGCCUUGUUUGCCUCGCGGCUAAUACGUCCCUGGGUUAGGUUACAGUUAGUUAUACUGGGUGGGUUUAUAUCAUUAAAAGGACACUCCAGGCUCUCACACACGUUAGGUGCACUGUGUAGGUUAGGUUACCGUUAGUUAUACUGGGUGUGUUUAUAUUAUCAAAGGGACAUUCCAGGCUCCCACACACUUUAGGUGCACUGUGUAGGUGUGUAGUUUACGUUACAGUUAUACUGGGUGGUCUAAUAUUUAUUUAAGGACACUCCAGGCUCCCACACACGUUAGGUGCACUGUGUAGGUUAGGUUACAGUUAGUUAUACUGGGUGGGUAGGUUAGGUUACAGUUAGUUAUAUUGGGUGGGUAGGUUAGGUUACAGUUAGUUAUACUAGGUGAGUUUAUAUUAUUAAUAGAAAUUAGGUCAGAUUUUCCCUGCAUGAGAAUGUCAUAUGGUGUAUUAUAGGAUUAGACCAUGAGGUGAUACAAAGUUGGGCCUUUGAACGUACAAAUCCAGAAAAACACAAUCUUGAAACCUGGAGUCCACACAGCAGAACCAUGUGCCUCAAAGCAACACAGACUGAGGGACCCACAAAGGAACAGCCUGCUGCCCUUCAUCACAUGGCUACAGGAGACUCAGAUCACAGAAAACUGUUAUGCAGGGACCCCUGCUGGACAUCACCAGAACUGCUGGCACAGAUAAAGGAACUGCAGGAGGUAAUAAUGGAAUAAAAUAAUAGCAAAACAUUGAAUCAUACAGCAUCUUAUACAUAACCACAGGGGGAAAAAAGAUAAACAGCACAUUCAAACUAGCCUUUACUGCUUCCAUGUGAAGGCUAUCCCAAGUAUCUACUAUCCUUUCUAUAUUGCGGUUACUGCUCCCACUGGAAGGCUAUUCCAGGUAUCUACUACCCUUUCUAUAUCACUGUUACUGCUCCCACUGGAAGGCUAUUCCAGGUAUCUACUACCCUUUCUAUAUCACUGUUACUGCUCCCACUGGAAGGCUAUUCCAGGUAUCUACUACCCUUUCUAUAUAACUGUUACUGCUCCCACUGGAAGGCUAUUGCAGGUAUCUACUACCCUUUCUAUAUAACUGUUACCGCUCCCACUGGACGGCUAUUCCAGGUAUCUACUACCCUUUCUAUAUCGCUGUUACUGCUCCCAUUGGAAGGCUAUUCCAGGUAUCUACUACCCUUUCUAUAUCGCUGUUACUGCUCCCACUGGGAGGCUAUCCCAGGUAUCUACUACCCUUUCUAUAUCACUGUUACUGCUCCCACUGGAAGGCUAUUCCAGGUAUCUACUACCCUUUCUAUAUCACUGUUACUGCUCCCAUUGGAAGGCUAUUCCGGUAUCUACUACCCUUUCUAUAUCACCGUUACUGCUCCCACUGGAAGGCUAUUCCGGGUAUCUACUACCCUUUCUAUAUCACCGUUACUGCUCCCACUGGAAGGCUAUUCCAGGUAUCUACUACCCUUUCUAUAUCACUGUUACUGCUCCCACUGGAAGGCUAUUCCAGGUAUCUACUUCCCUUUCUGUAUCACUGUUACUGCUCCCACUGGAAGGCUAUUCCAGGUAUCUACUACCCUUUCUAUAUCACUGUUACUGCUCCCACUGGAGGGCUAUUCCAGGUAUCUCCUAUCCUUUCUAUAUCACUGUUAGCAUUUAUUUUCACACUUUCUUAAUUUUAUCUCAUUAUACAUAAAAUUUUGUUUAACCAGGAACAUGUGGAUAAUUCUGAUUUGUCGCAGUUCUUGUAUAUCAUGUGAAAUACACCGUUCUUUUGUGUGGUUUCUUUUAGGAGCGUGACAGUCUGUUGCUAGAGAAUGCUGGCUUGCAUUGCUCCAACUCACAGAUGUCUGCAGAGAACGCCAGACUGCAGAGUCAACUCUACAGUCUGCAGCAGGACUUGCGCAAACUCAGCCUGGACUCAGUGACACAAGCUGCCAUUUUGCAAAUCCUCCAAUCUAUCAACGCGCUACAGCUGCAGUGUGAUGGCGAGUCUUGA